GUUUCGAGCUUGACUCAGACAGGAGAACCCCAGUUUCCGGUCCAUCACUCGCGCCGGUCGAGCCACUCACGACGAGCGACGAGAAAAAGACAGCUCUCGCAGCUAUUUAAGUCAGGCUCGCGUUUAGCUGGCCAGACUCAGACGGGACCAGUCGUGAUUCCCUCCCUUGGCUUGCGCCCUGCGAGAGAGAAACACACAACUCGAACAAACGCACGCAGAGCUCCCAAGGAGACUCAUUAUUUUGUAGAUCUCUCACAGCUAAAGCCCAGUGCUGGUUCGUUCUGACUUAAUUCUUAUAAUCUGGAGAUAAAGAGAAAAGAGGGAAUACAGAAGCUUUCUCUCAAUGGCAGGAAUUCGUCGCUUUCUCUGCCCAGGAAGGGACAGUUAUCCAAAGAUUAUUUUCACUUCGACUUUGUUUAUUUUACUCGUAUUUUGUGGCGGUACCACAGCAGCUCCUACGGUUUCAAAGCAGUCUGAUGUCGUGGCCCUGACCAGAUAUAACACAAGAAAUGACAUGAACACUGGCCAGACAGGACACAAAGUCAGUUCUGGCACUACCCCUAUUCCAUCCCGUGCCGAGAGUUCUGAUAACAUCGCUAUAAUCACAGAACGAGCCCACAGCAACGGUGACCCUGUUUCUGCUGAUGGAAAAGGCGAAGGAAGAGGCUUCCCGGAUAUAAAUGGUGAACAGGGCGUUCACACUUCAACAAACAAAUCCAACCGUCUGGAAGAAAGUGACUCCGUGAGCGAGGCAAAUGAUGCUGAGAACAUUCCUAACAUCUCCAAAAACAUGUUGGCUCUUGACAGUACGCCCUCUCCCCAUGCUCGUGGCGGUGGAGAUGUCCGAAGUACGCUCUCACGGCAUGACAACUCGGUUGUUUCUGGAUCAAAAAGGAAGAUAAACGGCAGCAGGAUUCAGCGACGACGAAGACGAAAAGCGGACAAAAGUCGUAGGUGGUCUGUCGACGCUGGCCAAAAGCUCUUGGAUAAUUUUCCUUUAGGUAAUUACCAAUACUUCCAGUCAUGCCCAAACGACACACUGUACAGAAAUGAAGAGAGAAUAAACGAUUUGAGAGCUAUUUUUACAAUGUGUCAAAAGCUUCAAGACGUUCUCUUGAUUCGUGAAAUUGUGAAUAGUCACCAAGACUUGGAGCCGUUCUGGGCUGUUACGUCACAUUUGAUGUCGAUGCUAUCUGUUGCCAACCAGUUUGGAAUCAGUCACUAUGAGUGUCAGCUGGUUCCAGCACAGUUAUUCCUUGAAUACGCCGAGGAAGUAUUCGAAGGGAACAAGUUCCACCGCAGCGUUAUGGAAUCUCUGCAAACCCUGCACGACAUGAUAAUUGGACGCUCUACACACCUUGGAAGGUCACCUGUCCUUAAGAUUUACGAGAAAAGGUUACCUGCGUCUUUGAAGCAAAGCAAGCAAUGGUACGUCGGAGGCCUAUUAGAAUACCUCACGCUUCUUCAGGCGGGCGGUUAUGCGGUGUACCAAGCCAGUGUGAACGUGCUGGAACAAAUCACACGAGACAAAGCUAUGAGAGCCUGUCUUGUGUAAUGACCAGCUGGGUCCGGGCAAGCAAACCAGGCCAGACUGUCUGUGCCGUCAAACUGAACGUCAAUGCGCAAACCAACUGUCUGGGACUUGGGGUCUACUUCUGCUCCAUGGACUCCUGUGACGUCAGGGCCAACCAAGGAUGGGCGUUCAGUAAGAGCUCCUCAGGUUCAGCGCUCAAAAAGAGGAAAAAGAGAAAGGCGAGCAGUACUUGGGAUUGGGCCAGGAGCAAUUACAUUGUUGACAGCCACAUGACCUUGCCAGAAUUUGAUGGGAGAGUAACAGGGAUUCGACUUUAUAACAAAAAUGGUCAAUUGGCGAUUGGUUUGAGAACAGCUUUCCAGUGAUCCCCCCCCUCCCCACUCUCUUUUUUCCUUGGCAUUAGCAUAUUAGGAGAAGAGAUGAUACCAUUUGAGAAAACCAGAAAACAGUAUAAAUCUGCAGGAACUAUAGAGUACAGUGGAAUAUAAUGGACAUCCUUGUGGAUACAAACACAUUUUGGCCGAAAUAAGUUUUCCUUGUGAUAUUCUUCGAAGUUCACUGCUAGAUAUUUGCACGACUGGACUAAAAGUAGUUUCAAUCUUAAAUGCAAAAUGAUUUCGUUUAAGUAUGAUUGUAAAGGACCAUUGUUUUGACAACUAGCAAUCACUGAUAUUCUUAUAAUAAGAUAAUAAGAUGAUUAUUUGACCAACGUCAUCAACCUUCUGAAGAGCCGUAUGACUAUGCAGGAAAUAAUACUCAGAGUAUUCCAGCCUUUUUCUUUGUAAAAAUCAAUAAUGCAAAUUCCUCGCAAUGCUAACGUAUUCAAUUAAAACAUCAGUAUUUCAACAGGCAAACGAGAUUGCAUUGAGGAGUUAUUGGUCCUUCGAUAACUGACACACGACUUCUGAAAUGCAAUCGUUUUGCUUUUGAAAGUUGCAAGAAAAAGUAUGUCACCCUUUGUGAGCCCUGUGUUAAGAAAGUGACAGCUAUACUUUUGUGGAGAAAUAUUUAAUCCCUCUCACUGUUUUAAACAAGAGGACGGAAAUUAUAAAUUCAGAAUGUAUACAUCAGCGUAUAAUCGCAGCCUCACAAGAGGGCAAUAUGGAGCCAUGCCAAUAGGCCCAAAUUUGUGCAUACCAGAAAGCUGGGGAAAUGCGUUUUCGUUGGGUGCACCCAUGGGAGCCGAAAUGGGUUUUGGAUCUUGCAUGGGCAUGAGUGAGAGAGGGAGAAAGGGGGGGGGAGUAAGGUUGGGAGAGAGCGAGAGCGCGCGAGAGAGACAGAAA